AUUCUGCUGAUCACAUGACCGCGCAUUUUAUGCAACCGCUUGUUCGGUCCUGUAGCUGCGAUGAACCCGGCUCGAUGGAGACAUGCGUCCCCGCGGCUCUAAGCACACGAUCCAUUAGUUUUAUUUAUUUUUUAUCGACGCUUUUAUCAUGUCGAUCCAGCCGCAGGUGGAGGAGCCCGCGGAGGAGCUGAGCGCCUUCUUCAUCGGCGCGGAGUCGGAGUCCGUCUCGGCGGCGGAGGAGGAAGAAGAGGAGGGGGAGGAUAGGGAAGACCACCAUCAACUUAUUCUCCAGAAAGCCAACCUGCUGGCGUCGGAGAACAACCUGAAAGAAGCCGUCGACUGGUUCUCUGCGGCCAUGCGCUACGGCCCCGUGCGACCCGAGACGCUGAGCACCUUAGUGGACUGUAUCCUCCGCAACUUCAAGAGGAAACGGGCCGGGCCGGAGGCGGCGGGUGAGUCGGGCCGGGACCCCGACAGCCGCCGGGCGGACUCCGACGUCGUGGCGUUUGACUGCCCGAACUGCCACGGCUUCCUGGGGGAGCCGCUCACCUUGGCGUGCGGACACUCGUACUGUAAGAGGUGUUUACAGCGGCGGCUGCUCUCCAAAUGCCGGCUGUGCAGCGAGGCUGUGAGGGGCGAGGAGAGAGCUAACGUGGUUCUGUGCGGACUCCUGGAGAAAUGGUUCCCCUCCGAGGUGAGGAGGGCGAAGGCACAGGGCGAUGUGGACGAGCUGUGCCGAAGCAAACGCUUCAACGAGGCUGCGUCGUUAGCGAGCGACGUGAUCCAGCGAGAUCCAGAUUCAACGGUGGUGGCGCGAUUGUCUCGAGCGGAGGCUUACAUGGCUCUCAAACAGUAUCGUCUGGCUUUGGAGGACACCGAAUUUUGUCAGGAGUCCAGCUGUUCUGCUGAAGUUCUGUUUAGAAAAGCUAUGGUGCUGCAUGAGAUGGGCCAAGUGGACGAAUCUCUCCAAGUCUUCCUCCACUGCCUGUCUGUGGAUGAGGACUUCCCCUGUGCCAAAAGACAAGUGGAAAAGAUCUUGUGUGAUCUUCUCUCCCCGGCUGAUGAGAACGUCAAGGUUGGUCUGAGGGAGACCGCGCACAACACAUUGCCUCAUCUGCGCAGCAAAACCCUCAAGUGUGAUGCUCAAGCUCAGCCUAAGAGCCCAGUCCAAAGACUAGACCAGGUCCGCGCUGCCUCUGCACAUCUGGACCACCGCGGGGCCCACCAGGAGAAACGCUGGGAAAGUCUGGAGCGGCCCAGCCCGAGUCGAGCUCACUCACUUCGAGUGCACGGCGACAGCUGUGGUGAAGAGGGUCUGAAGAGAGUUUGUUCCGCUCCUCAGCUCGGGGACCAGGAGAAGGGGAGCCUGCUGAAGAGGAAGUUCUCGGUCUCAGACAUUGAACCUCAUUUUGUGGACAGUGGAAGUAGCAAGCAUAAAAAACAAGGUUUCAAACAACUUUCUGCCAAAUCUAAAACCUGCAGAAGUGUUCCUGAGGAUCGGUUGGACCCCAAUGACUUAGAGUGUUCUCUCUGCAUGAGGUUGUUUUAUGAGCCUGUGACGACGCCCUGCGGCCACACCUUCUGUAAAAACUGUGUUGAACGCUGCUUGGACCACACACCUCAGUGUCCUCUCUGCAAAGAGAGUUUAAAAGAGUAUCUAGCAUGUAGGAAGUACAUUGUGACAACGGUCCUUGACAAGUCGAUCAAACAGUAUUUGAGUCAGGAGUAUGCAGAGAGAACCAAGACUCAUCUGGAGGAAGCCAGAGAGCUUUCUGACCUGACCAAGAAUGUGCCUAUCUUUGUGUGCACCAUGGCGUACCCCACCGUGCCUUGUCCCCUGCAUGUCUUUGAGCCACGUUACCGCCUCAUGCUUCGCCGCUGCAUGGAAACGGGCACGCAGCAGUUCGGGAUGUGUAUUAAUGAUCCCCAGAAAGGCUUUGUAGAUCACGGUUGCAUGCUGAUGAUCAGGAGCGUCCAUUUCCUGCCUGACGGGCGCUCAGUGGUAGAUACCAUCGGAGGAAAACGCUUCCGUGUCCUGUCCCGAGGAAUGAAGGAUGGCUACAGCACAGCGGACAUUGAACAUUUGGAAGACAUAAGGGUGGAGGACAGUGUUGUGCUUAGGAAGCUUGUUGAUCUGCAUGAUGCAGUGUAUGAGCAGGCCCGCGUCUGGUUCCAGAACCUCAAGGUCCACUUCCACAACCAGAUCCUGCAGCACUUUGGACCCAUGCCAGAGCGAGAAGCUGAUAUCCAGGCAACUCCCGAUGGUCCAGCUUGCUGCUGGUGGCUGCUGGCCGUCCUGCCCAUCGACCCGCGGUACCAACUCUCUGUCCUCUCCAUGACGAGCCUCAAAGAACGCCUGAUGAAGAUCCAGCACAUCCUGACAUAUCUACAGAGCAUCCCCAACAACUAGAGCUUCCUCUUCUCGCCACCAGAAAAACAUCCUUUGGACUAUUUUACAACCUUUUAAGCAUCUGAAUUUCUACAGCUCAUCUGAUCCCUCAAAAUCUUUUUGAUUGCGGCUGUUACUCCCUCAUUUUAGUCUUAUUUGUAUUAAUCUCAUAGGAGAUUAAGAGCAAAGCUGAGACCUCCUUGAACUGUGGAACACUGAUCAGAGAAAUGGCCAAACUACCUCAGGGACACUAUGAAAGGACGCACACCAUUUGUCUGUAAUUGUCAAAAAUAAGUAAAAAAGAAGUAUAUGAAACCGACUUAACUUAUCUACUCAGUUCUUUGCCUUUGGUGAACCAGGAACAAAAUGAAAUAUCCCUUACUGCUCCACUUGCUUAAUAUCCUGUGAUGACAAAAAAAGAGAGUAGUUUAUCUAAGAAUCACAUGAGUGAAGCUCCAUUAGGGAAAUCACUGAGGUUGAUUCAUCUCUGGGGAGACCAGAAUAAAGGAAGUUUCUUCUAUUUUGUCUUUUACGUUCAUAUGGAGAAGGGAUGAGGUGAAUCUGCGGAACAAAUCCUAAAUGCUGACAGUCCAAGAAGUGAUAGCAAGUUUCGAGGAACCAGGGAGAAGUUACACUACAGGCUGGUUUAUGUGUCCCAACACGAGAUGAAAGUAUUAUUCAAAAUCUUCCGAGCAUCAAGUUUUCUUCUUUGUACACCUCUGUCACAUCCAUCUACUGCUGCCUUUACCAAUCGGUUUUGGACCUUUCUGUUGAGAGAACCACACAGUCUGUGUUUCCUCCAUCGUUUUUCCCCUCAGAGUUUCUUAUGGGUUGUCAUGGGUAGAUUGGCCGUUUUGCGCCUCCUGGCCGGAUUUGAUUUCUGGAGGAACCAGCUCGAUCCGGAAAUCUAAUCUUCAUGCUUUUCUUCCUCCUCAAAGUUAACUUAAAGACACUUUCUUCCAAACGAUGUGUGUGUCGGGGACCUCAGAGAGAUCCUGCUGGAGUGUGAGGGUUUGCAAUGAGAGUCUAACAGAGUUUUGUCUUUCUGUCGUGUAUAAUUUGUCUCCUAAAAAUUACAAAGUUUAUUUUCCCAUUGAAAUAACUUAAACUGAAUUAAUUUAUAAGUUUAAAUAUAUCUGUACCAUGUGUUUGUAAGAGAAGUUCUAUAACAAUAAAACAAAAAUAAGACAAUAACCGCAUGUAGACCACCAAUAGUUAAACAUCACUCUUCAUUGAAAGCUGCUCUGUGCCCGGAGGAGAGAACCUGCAGUGCUGCGGUCGGGGGGGAACUGCGCUUGCCUUACAACAUUCUGCAUUGUGACUUCAAUAACACAGUCCGUUGGCUUGGUUACCAUUCCUUUUUGCCAUGGUAUAUUUAAAUUGCAUUUCCUUUUUAACCCCUUCUCCGUACGUUUGAGGCACUAUGUGUUCACAAUGUGUAUAAAGAGAAAAGAAUCAAGGCUGCUGUAUGUAUAUCAGCUUUUUGGAUAGAACUUGCUUUUUUGCUCCGAUGUUUUUAAGUUAUCGAUUUUCAAAAAUAAAUGCACCUCUUUU